AUGCUUCAAGAUCUCACUUACGACGACAUUCGCAACUACGUGAGUUCUAAUUUCGAGGGGAUCCCUGGUUUUGCAGAGCUCCAAAGACGCGAGCCAUCCUAUGCUAAGGAGCUUCAACAACACGUCGCUAAGAAAGCAGCGGGGUUAUUUCAACUGGUUCGAGCAUCCUUCAAACCACCAACUCUUUUGACUCUGUCCUUUGCGGAUGAGGAACUGGACUUUGUAUUCAAAAGCAAAGUACAGCGCCUCACCGACGAAGAGAGGAUAUUAAGAGCCGAUACUAUGAGACGGAGAUUAAAUAGCAGAUGCAAAGGUCUCCUAGAAAUUGCCAAUACAGAGACAGCCACGGCUGCUCGGGUUUUGAUUGCUACACCAGGGCAAAAUGUGCCUGCCCAGGACGCGGAUCAACGGACUGUCUCUGUCCCUCGAAAGUCACUUGCAGACUCAACGGUGCAAUAUCUACACAGAACUGUCAAGGAUUACUUGGAGCUUCCAGCAGUCUGGAGUCGGCUGCUUGAAGCAAGCCCCAAUGGGUACAAUCCUAGGCUGGCUCUGUGUGGUGGUUUUAUUGCACAACUCAAGCACAUAGAUCCUAAUACGCUUAACCGAUCCACAUUGUGGAACGCUGUCAAAGAGUCCAUUAAAUACGCAAAUGUGGAGGAGGAUCCCGAUGGAUCAUUUGCAAACAUGUUAGAUGAGCUUGAUCGCUCUAUAACUACGCUUACCAACACAAUUGCCAGUGACGGCCACUCUUUCUUAUCAUACUAUUCCGGAUAUAAGCCAAGGGAAGGAGAAUUGUAUCCAAACUGGAGUUCUACAUUUUCUGGCUAUAAGCCAAGGAAGGAGAAUUGUAUCCAAACUGGAGUUCUACAUUUUCUGGCUAUACACCAUCGAGAGGUCUCAACUUCUUGUCUCUAG